AUGCAUCGACCCGACGCACCUCUCCAUCUCCUCCCUCUCCCACCCGAGCUCGCUCUCGAAAUCUUUGACACCUACACCGCCCUCACCCUCCCCGGCACACCCGGGUUCCUCACGCUCCUCACUCUUUCCCGAAAUCACUAUGCCCUAAACAUUCGCAGACUUUACCGGGACCUCAAAUUAAACGAGAGCAUGGCAGAUCGGUUUGUGGAUAUGUGGAGGGAAUGGGCUUUCAAAGCGAUGCAAUCCUUGGCUACUGAGCGCAGCACAGGGCACGUUGUGGAUGAGGACGAGAUCGUCUAUAACCUCCUUUGCCCCAUCAAAUACAUUUUAACAAACUUCAACAUCAACAGCCUCACAUUCGAAAACGCCAUCUGCUUCGACAAGAUCUCAAAGCUCUUCAACAUCCCCACGUCUUAUGGCGGGUACUUGUGGAAACACCAUCCUUCGUUGCCUCAUCCUAUCCGGCUUUUACACGGCGCCAAAACGGUUGUGUUUGAAGAACAGACGCUUGGAGGAGGAGAGGUGAAGAUGGGGAGUCACGUGAGGUAUGAGCCGAGGAACCGGUGUACGCAUUAUGGGGCGGAGAGGCUGGUGAUCGUCAUGCCGUCGAGGCCUUUUCAUUGUAUCUCACCUCUGGCACUGAACUGGCUCGCGGGGCUUGGCAAGAGGUUGCCGGAUGUGAAGCAUGUGACGUUGGAGUAUAAGACAGCGGUGGUAGGAGAGAAAGCUACACUCUUCAGGGAGAGGAAGCAUAGGAUGGAGCAGAUUAAACUGGUUGAUAGCAAGAUUAAGAGCUGGGAUCACUCGUCACUUCAAGUCUUUGUUGUUGAUCCUAGCGAGUCAUGAUGUUUGAGCUACAGGGAUAGGUAGGGUAAGAAUGGAGGUGUAUGUUAGGGCCUCCACGUGAGAGCAAGGAACUGACGGUUGAGUAAUUGCAUGGUAUUAUGUAGUGAAACUGUAUCCUGUAAAAAAUCGGUCUAUGAGCUGUGGUAUGUACUGUACUGUACUCG